GGACAGCCAACACAGUCCCUUCCUCCAUUUUCAGAUAGUCCACUCAUCAUAGUAGCUUAAUCUGUACUUCUUCUGUAAAUCAGAACCGUUGAUCUGAGCUCAGACGAUGGGAACGUUAGGGAAAGCCAUAUACUCCGUCGGCUUUUGGAUCCGGGAAACCGGUCAAGCCCUUGAUCGUCUUGGUUGUCGCCUCCAGGGCAAUUACUACUUUCAAGAACAACUGUCUAGGCAUCGGACUCUCAUGAACAUAUUUGACAAAGCCCCUGUUGUUGAUAAGGAUGCAUUUGUAGCCCCUGGUGCAUCUAUAAUCGGUGAUGUUGAGGUGGGCAGAGGUUCGUCCGUUUGGUAUGGGUGUGUUUUGAGAGGUGAUGUUAACAGAAUAAGCGUCGGUUCUGGAACAAAUAUUCAGGACAAUUCCCUUGUUCAUGUAGCAAAAUCAAAUUUAGCUGGGAAGGUUUUACCAACUAUCAUUGGAGACAAUGUUACUGUCGGUCAUAGUGCUACCUUGCAUGGAUGUACUGUUGAAGAUGAUGCAUUUGUUGGUAUGGGUGCAACCUUGCUGGAUGGAGUUUAUGUUGAGAAGCAUGCGAUGGUGGCUGCCGGCGCUCUUGUAAGGCAGAAUACCAAAAUUCCUUGUGGUGAGGUUUGGGCAGGUAAUCCGGCAAAGUUCCUAAGGAAGCUCACAGAAGAAGAGAUUGCCUUCAUCUCUCAGUCAGCCUUAAAUUAUUCUAACUUAGCCCAGGUUCAUGCAGCUGAAAAUGCAAAGAGCUUUGAUGAAAUUGAGUUUGAGAAGAUGCUUCGCAAGAAAUUUGCUCGUCGUGAUGAGGCAUAUGAUUCAAUGCUUGGUGUUGUUCGUGAAACACCUCCAGAGCUUAUCCUUCCUGAUAAUAUUAUGCCCAACAAAGUGCCAAAAACAGCUUAAACGCGAUUAAUCCUGGGGCAGAGGUGGAGAAGCUUGAUGCAUAUUCUUCUUGAGCAGACAGCGAGAUUUUUAAUUGCCCAGCUCAGGUCACCAGGAAGGAACAUGCUUUUUCACUCUUCUCAAACACAAUUCAGCUGGGAUUCUGGGGCCAACUUAUUUGUACUAUUUUGUUUUGUUUCUUUACCGAGCCAUUUGUUGUCUCUCUAAUCAGCAUCAAUAGCAUUGACUAAUUUUGGUACAGCUCCAAAACUAUUCUAUUUAUGCCCAACUCUGCCUGUUCCCCACUUACCAUGCCAAUUGCCAACCCAUAUGCAUGAACAUUAUUCAAUUUUGAAUUUGUAAUUUUCAAACCAAAAUGGCUACUUCUUCUUCAUAUAUUUUAGUAGGAUGUCACA